AUGUUUUUACUAGCGCUGCGUCAUCUUCUACCUAUCUUAGGCCUCAUCCUAUUCCUUACGAGUUCCACAGAGGCCAACGCUGAAAAGGUCAUCUUCACUGCUCCAGACGUUGUCCCCAUCCCCCUACAGAAGCCCUCACUCGCCGACCUCAACCUCCCUGUCCUCACUCCCGACUCUUGGUCUAUCAGGACAAAUCUGAGUCGCGUGUUUCCCACGGAACCCAAGGACUAUGCCUCUGGCGCUGCGACAUGGCUACUGCUGGACAGCUUGAAUGCAGGCCAGCGGUAUGAGUUCAGGCAACCUACAGGUUUCGUGAUGGACGUAUAUGAGCUGGAUACUGUCUGGGGCACGCCAGAGCUCAUGCAGUCGCUCGCCGACUUCGCCUACUCACGCCAGUCCAGUACUGACAGCCAUGGGGAUCGUGAGGAGGGAGAGCGUAGCGCCUCGGUUCUCUUGCUGCAGAUUAAGGCCUCUGCGGAUUACUUCACCGACGACGCGGCUCUCAUGAGGGAUCCUCCCCCCGUGCUCGUGGAUCUCAUUCUCGACCCCUAUCUGUACAGUCUCAUCCCUCGCUCACUGGUGCCAACCAUUGGGUUCCUCGUCGUGGUUGGUCUGGUCGCCUGGUUCGUGGCCAGGUCCGUCGCCUCCAAGCUACAGUCAAUCGCCGUUGCCGGCGAGAGCAGAGAAAAGAAAGAGAUAUAG